UGUCUACUCUUUACACAAGCCGGCGACGUCUUUCGUAGCAGUGCUCAAGUGAGGGUACAUGCGCCGCAGAGCUCUUCUUUUCGAUACCCAUUUCUCAUCUCUGUGCGAGUUUGUGCACAAAUUUUGUGGCUCUUUGGAUGGCAGGAUGGUUUGCAUUUAGACAAACGUUGAGGGUAACUAUAUUGCACGCGCCCGGAGCAAUUACCGUUGUGGCUUUCGCGGCUGGAGAAUGAUGGGUCUUGUUGGACUCUUUGGGGUUCACCGCGACUCGUUCAGUCUUCGAUCGUUUCUUGGACUAGGUUUACUACAGGCUUCUGAUUCAACGGAAUCGAAACGGGGCUAUUUGCGCUAAGAUCCAUCCCUUAAGGCUGUCCGCGUUUCCACCGGAGUUUCUCCCCCGAGAUACAAUAGUAGAAUUUAGCGGCCAUAUGGAACUCGCAACUACAGCAAUGAGUAUGGCUCACCACCUGGCAUCUCAUUUGCAGGCCAGUGCAACCUGGUAACGCGUCUGAGAUCAUUCUCAAGAGUCAUGUAUCUGAAGGAGGACAGGGUUCGCAGGAUCAAGCAGGGAGAUUCCUCUGUUUUCAAAAGCUUCACACUCUUCAAGAAAAAUCCAUGAACACUACGCGAGGUUUGGUCACAACUCGCUUUCAGAGAGUGAACGCGUUUUUUUAUAUUUCACUUGUGUCGAUUCUCAUCUUCGAUCCACAACCCAUACCCGAAAAGUAAAAGCCCCGAUUCGGCCGGGCUUCGACAAGCACCAACGAAAAGAUCCAAGUCUUAUCCAAACAUUCUGACGUGGCUGAAUUCCUUUUCAUGGGCUUACACUCUUAUUGGUCUUACACGCUCCAGGUGCUUGCUAUGCAGAGAUUGCAACCCUUUCUUAGCCUCAGUUCUUUCUCACGCUGUGACAGCAAUCUCCGUCCUGUGUCUGUCGAAAGAUCGUAGCUAUGGCGUCCUUUGUUGCGUGUCAAGUAGUGUCCACUGUAGCCGUCGUCCCCAAGGUGGCCCUGACCAAGCCCACCUCCGCUGCCUCGAAGUCGCAGCUCUUCGCUCCAUUGAGGCUCAAGGAGUGCUCCUCUCGUGGACCUAAGGUGGUGUGUGCUGUAGGUGAUGUGUCUGCUGCAGGCACCAACUACCUCAUUGCCGGCGCCGUUGCAAUUGCUCUGGUCGGCACAGCAUUCCCUAUCUUUUUCUCUCGAAAGGAUCUCUGCCCGGAGUGUGACGGCGCUGGGUUCGUGAGGAAGACUGACUCUGCGUUGAAUGCCAAUGCAGCCAGGAAGGAUCAGCUCCAGAUUGUGUGCAAGAACUGCAACGGGCUCGGCAAGGUCGGCCAAAUCGACAAGAUGGAGCAGACUGCCGCUAAGGGCAAGAAGAGAUAAGCUCCCAUAGCUCCGAUUCUUCUCCUUCUAGCUCACAGAUCUGAAACCUCUUCUUAAGCAUCGUCUCCUCUAGAUCCCUGCCUCAUUGCAUAGUGUGCUGCACCAAGCCGCAUGGUUUCUGUUGUGCAUUCUUGUGAUAUAAUUUCAUAACGUCUUGUGACUACUCUCUCGUCUAUCGUCUCAUUCCCGGUGUUUGUAUCUCGCAACACACAGCGAGACUUUCUGCAUCACCAUUUGUAAACCUGUGUUUUCUGUGUA